UACAUACGGGUUCUUCGAGCCAUAGCAACCAGACUGGCGUUGAAAACAAACCGUUGCCAUUACUCUUUAACCUGUCGACCUACGCUGGUUAAACCCGUCAUUCUGCCUCCAAAAUGCCGAAAAACUGUGUUGUUUUUGGUUGUGCUAACCACAACUGGAAACAGGUAAAACAAAGGUUGUAUUUUGUUCUGCCAAAGCGUGAUAAAAGCCCACAGAGACGAGACAAAUGGCUCGCAGCUUUACACUGGGAAAACGAGGACGGUUCUCACUGGAGUCCCCCAAAGUCCCGGGUCGUGUGUUCGGAUCACUUCGUUUCUGUCACAGAGGACCUCAUUCGUCGGCGGGCGGAACACAACGAGUGCCAAAUCUUGUCCCUAGAGGAGGUCUCUCUGCACCAGCAGGACAUCGAGAAGAUUGAGCACAUUGACAAGUGGUGCAGAGACCUCAAGAUCCUCUACCUGCAGAACAACCUUAUUCCAAGGAUCGGUGAGAUACUUGAUGGCCUCCUUAGCCGUGUGUCAGUCUCAAAAAUGUUCUCCCGGUCUUUCAUCCUAGAGAACCUGGGUCGCUUGAAGAAGCUGGAGUACUUGAAUCUGGCCUUGAACAACAUUGAAGUCAUUGAAAACCUUGAAGGCUGUGAGAGCCUUUGCAAGUUGGACCUGACGGUGAACUUUGUAGCUCGUCUGAGCAGCGUGCAGACGCUGAAAGACAACGUCCACCUGCGGGAGCUCUUCCUUGUGGGGAACCCGUGCACGCAGUUUGAAGGCUACAGAGACUUUGUGCUUGCUUCGCUGCCACAGCUGAAGUCGCUAGACGGGACACAUGUCACAAGGUCGGAGAGGAUCAGAGCCUCUCAGGGGCUGGAGGAGGUUAGGAGGCGUGUCUCGGAACAAGAGGAGGAAUACCUGAAGAGGAGAGCAGUAGAGAAGGAGGAAGAGCACAGGAAGGGAAAAGGAGACGAGACAGGAAGCCAGGAGACCGAAGGAGACAUUGGCAGCCCCGCCUUGGAGGACAAGCAGGAGUUGAAGGAGACGACCGAGUCAGAUGAGGAGCGACGGGAGAAGGAAUUCUGGAACACUCCGUGUCCUUUCACCCCGGAAUCCCGUCUGGAGACUCACCGCCAUCUGGAGGAAAAUAAGCGGACAAAAGAUAGAAGCAAAGAAAAGAAAGCAAAGCCCCCAAGGACUCUGAUAACUGCUGAUGGACGAGUCUUGAAUGUCAAUGAGCCAAAGCUGGGCUUUUCUCUGACUGAAGACGAUGACAACAACAGGAUCAUCCUAGAUCUGUCAGUGUACAGACACAUGGACACCUCCUUGAUGGAUGUGGACGUGCAGCCAAUGUACAUCAGAGUCACCAUCAAAGGAAAGAUAUUCCAGUUGCUUCUGCCCUCUGAGGUCAAACCUGACAGCUCCACGGCUAAGAGGUCUCAAACUACAGGCCACCUGCUCAUCAACAUGCCAAAGGCUCUAGGCGAAAUCAAGGCGCCAAAGGCCGCCGCACGUCCGUACAGAGACGACCACCGCCAGCGCAAAUCGCCUGAUGACAAAAAGAGAGAGAAGAAUGUUCCAGAGAGGCUGGAAGUGGACGCCAGCAAGGUAUUGGACCUCGCCAACAUUGUACCACGCCACAAUGCCACGGAAGGUCCGCUGGAAGCGACACCAUGGCAACAAAUCCCUGUCCCCUCUGAGGACUUUGUGGACGAUUUUGACGUGCCGCCACUCAUUUAGUACUCAGCCCACUCCCUCCUGUGCAAACUUACUAUUGUACAGUCAUGCUAUCAUGCUAACAUACUAAAUGCUAUCAUGCUAACUUACUAUCAUGCUAACAUACUAAAUGCUAUCAUGCGUUCAUGUUAUCAUGCACAUGCUGAAUGCUGUCAUUCUGUCAUGCUAUCAUUGUGUCCGUCUGUCAUGUUAUCAUACUAACGUCCUAAAAGCCAUCAAGCGUUCAUGCAACCACGUUGCCAUUUUGUAAUGUUAUGCUAACAUCAGGGCUGCCAAGUUUCAGAAAAUACAAAAAAAAAGGGGUCUUUUUUUAAAAACUGAUUUGGCCUGUUUUAACGUCCAUUUAUACCUUAAGAGUAAGACAAAUGUUUCUCACCUUGAACAGCUGUCCCUGCACUGUGGCCUCUUAAUGCUAGACUUAAUUAACCAGAAAUUAGAAAUGAAAAUCAUCUUCACUGUUUUCUCUGCUGGCUCUUCUGUCUCGUCCUCUGCAUCUGUGUUCUCAAUUUGCAUCGGUUCUACAUCUCCAUCCUCAAUCUCUUCUGAUCUCUCUUCAUCUUCCAGUGUUGCCAACUCCUCGGUAAGGACAGUAGCUAUUGGCUGUCAUUAAAGUUGGUAGAAGUUGAUGGAUGACAUUGGCUCAUUUGCAUCAUUGAUUAACAAUGUACGCUGUAAGAGAGGAAUAACGUGGUUGUAGACAUCAUUUAUUUAUUUUUAUUUAUUUAUUUGACGGGCACAGUACAAUUAAACAUUGCUACCCAUAGGUAACCAAUGUCAAAGUACAUAAAGCUUCUUGCCACAGGCUAAUUUCCAACCCUCGUCCCUGGUUAGGUUUUUAAAGAAAAGUGAAAAUUAUGAUAGGAUGAAUAAAUUUUUUUCCUUUGAUUCUUAGUUGAGUUGUAUUUUGUGUUUUUCUUUGUUCUACAUUAUUAAAUGUUAGGAAUAUCAAAUUUGAUCAGAAGACUGAAGGCUUGUGAUAUUCACGAACAAACACAAACUGGCUCAAUAGUUAACUUUUUUCCCCCCCAAAUGUGACAGUGAUGAGAUAUUCACAUUAAUCUCACUCCAAUUAAGGUAGAAAAAGCGUCAUCUUUGCACAGGGUGGGCAUCUCCUCUCUGCUUGGACUGGACUUUAUUGUGAUUGCACUUAAAAGUACAAGGAAAUGUGUAUUCAGUAUAUACUGUCUUGUACGUUAAGGGCAUUUUGAGUGAUACGUGCUGUCAUGUCUCCAAGACAUCCCAAAAAGUCACGAGAUACGCUGCUCGUCGCUUUUGAGAAAGAAAGUCACUAAGAGGAGUUGGAAAGAUACUAGCGAAAAAAUUGCAGAGUUGACGCGCUGCGGUGUGUGCAAAAGACGAGAUGCCAUGACCCGCCUUAGGUUGCUUCUGAUAGGUUUAAAUUGUGUGGUGCUAGAUUUAGGUACACAAUAUAAAGGACUGGUCUGUGAUUGGUAAUUUCGGUCAAUCAAUCAGUUACUCUAACUACGACAUGUCACGAGGAAAAAAGUUUAUUAUUAUAAAAAAACUUAUAGAGUACCACAGGAGUGUCAAACUCCUUUUAGCUCAGGGGCCGCAUGGAGGAAAAUCUGUGCACACGCGGGCCGUACUAUUAAAAUCAUGGCAUUAAAAGUAAAAAAUAAAGACAACUUCAGAUUGUUUUCUUUGUCUUACUUUGGCCAAAAAUAGAACAAACACAUUCUGAAAAUAUUAAAAUAGAAAUAUAGACAAAAAUACCGGCAGCCGUAAAGUUUAGAUCCAUGAAGGAAAUGUCAUAAUCCGUGGUCCGGAUCAUGUUUUGUUAUGUUCUGUUAGUUUUGGACUCCACCAUUAGUUCCUGUUUUUGUGCACCCUUGUUUGUUUUAGUUACCAUGGUUACUU